AUUUUGAACUGAGAUAAUCUGCACAACAGAGAAGACCUUUAGUCGACCAAUUGAAAUGGAUUACUAUUUGGUGAUAAAUGGGUGUAAAUGAGCCACAAAUUUCAGGACUUCGAAAUACAUAGAAAAAUUCCCAGAGGCUAAAAAUUGCAAAACCAUGGAUGUACUGCAUGUGAAUAUCCAGGAUGGGAAGAACAAUGGAGAGAGUGAAAUGUGUGAGACCACGACGGUCAUCAUUGACACCAGCAACAUCAAGGUAGAAGAUGGGGGACUUAUUCAUCUGGAGGAAUGCCCAGAAGAUGGUGAAAGCCCUGUUCAGAUUUCCCAAGAAGCGGUUAGCAUGGCCACCAAGCAGGACUGUGCUGGGUGUAAGAAGGCCAUCUCUGAUAGGUUCCUCCUGAAGGCCCUGGAGCAGUAUUGGCAUGAGGACUGCCUGAAGUGCUCCUGCUGUGACUGUCGACUGGGGGAGGUGGGAUCCACUCUCUUCACCAAGGCCAACCUCCUCCUCUGUAGGAGGGACUACUUGAGGCUGUUUGGAACAACAGGCUACUGUUCAGCCUGCUCCAAAAUGAUCCCUGCAUUUGAAAUGGUCAUGAGAGCCAAAAGCAAUGUCUACCACUUGGAAUGUUUUGCCUGUCAGCAGUGCAAUCAUAGGUUCUGUGUUGGAGACAAAUUCUAUCUUUGUGACAAUAAAAUAUUAUGUGAGUAUGACUAUGAAGAAAGAAUGGUGUUCGCCAACAUGACGUGCAGCUACAAUGCCUUGUCCCAGAUCAAGAAACAGACACAGAGUCUCAGUGACGAUCUGUCUAGCGGGUACGGAAGUCCCAGCCCUAAUUCUUCAUUAUAGGGGCAGGGGACACACUCACCCCUGUGUACAGAAUUUGACACCUUAUUACAUAUACAUUUUGUAUGUGUCAUCGAUGUGUUUCACAUUCAUCGGCACUGUGUCAUUUUCUUUUAGUCAUGUGUGUGUUACAUCACAUCUAAAAAAAAAAAGCUACAAAAGUACAUUUUCGAUUGUGUUACACAUCUCUAACAGAGACCAAGAAGGACAACUCUGUUCGUCAUGAGGCAUAACUCAGGAGUUGGAUCCUAGUCAACCUACAGAUACCCUAGUCACCAUACCAGUCUGUGAAGAAUAUGUAAUUGUCGAAAAAAUAUAAUAAUGUUAAUGUUAUACUACUCAUAAAAUGUUGUUCUUUUUAUUUGCCACAUUUUCAAUUUCCCAUAAUGCUAUAAAGGUAGUGAACCCCAAGGUAGCCAAAAUAUUGUCCACUUUAAUAGAAUUACAAAGUCUAUUCUGACCAAUAUGGCUUUUAUAAAUGUGUUUCAGUUGUGCAUACUCUUAAUCUAGAUAAAAUUACUAAAGUUUUUUUCUUAGUUUUAAGAAACUUUUUCUUCAUAGCAAUCCUUCUUAGUGUAUGUAAUGUAA